AUGGCUGAGCCCCGUGUUUUAGCUCUGGGCGAUUCUUUUAUUCGCCGUUUGCGCCUUUUCCUGUCCCGUGAUUCUUACCAUUCUAGCGUUGAUUUCAAGUUAUCUCACCGUGCCUUUAUAAAAUGGCACGGAGUCGGUGGCCGUACGGUUUCCAAAACGCUACAUCUUGACCUGAAUGUUAUCGAGUCCUUUCGACCGGAGAUAGUUAUAAUGCAGUUGGGUUCCAAUGAUUUAACAGACUCUGACCCUUUACAUGUUGGCUCAGCUAUUGAAGAUUUUGUUAGGCUAUUGCAUGACACCUAUGGUGUUAAGGUUGUCUGCGUGUGCUCGACCAUCAUGCGCUAG